AUGGGGCAGAGGGGUGCAGCACUUUCAGUAGCAAAGCCCACUUUGAAAGUUCAAGAGUCUCCACCACCUCCCUACUCUCGGCUGUCUCCUAAUGAUGAGCAAAAGCCACUGGAUCUAUCAGAUUCCACGUUGUCUUACACUGAAACAGAGGCUACAAACUCUCCCAACGUCACGCCCGGAGAUUUCUCAGACGCCAGCACGUCGCCCGAUGCCGUGAAGAGGAGCCAUUGGUGCAACGUGGCCUACUGGGAGCACCGGACGCGCGUGGGCCGCCUCUACACAGUGUACGAACAGUCUGUCAGUAUCUUCUACGACCUACCUCAAGGAAACGGCUUCUGCCUCGGACAGCUAAACCUGGACAACAGGAGCGAGACUGUGAGAAGGACUCGAAGUAAAAUCGGCUACGGGAUUUUACUGAGCAAGGAACCGGACGGGGUGUGGGCCUACAACCGCAGCGAGCAUCCCAUCUUCGUCAACUCCCCGACACUGGACAUCCCCAACUGCAGGACUCUGAUCGUGCGCAAGGUGAUGCCGGGCUACUCCAUCAAGGUGUUUGACUACGAGAAGUCCUGCCUGCUGCAGCACACGGCCGAGCUGGAUUAUGCAGACGGGCCCUACGACCCCAACAGCGUCCGGAUCAGCUUCGCCAAGGGCUGGGGGCCCUGUUAUUCCAGACAGUUCAUCACGUCGUGUCCGUGUUGGCUGGAGAUCUUACUCAGCAACAACCGGUAACCCUCCGAGGAAAGGAAAACAUCGACGGCGACAAAACACACACACACAAAAAGAAAAAAAAAAAAAAGACAAAAAAAAAAAAAAGACACAGACUAUCCCAAAUAUCAUCUACCUAGAUUUAAUAUAAAGUUUUAUAUAUUAUAUGAAAAUAUAUAUUAUACUUGUAAUUAUGGAGUCAUUUUUACAAUGUAAUUAUUUAUGUAUGGUGCAAUGUGUAUAUGGACAAAAAACAGAAAAUGCACUUUGGCUUAUAUAAUUCUUUCAAUACAGAUUUUUAAAAAAAAGAAAAAAAACAACAAAAAUUAUACAGCAAAAAUAGGAGAAAGCCCUAAUUUUGAUGUAUGGUUUUUUGAAAUAUUAUUAAUACCCAGACAAAAAGCUAAUACCAGUCACUCAUUGAUAAUAAAGUAUUCGCAUUAUG